AGGAAGUGAAACUGUUCAACAGUCACUGACACCAACUGAAAUGGCGGAGCAAGAAAAUCAACUGGACAGAGAAAGAUUCUGCUGUUCGAUCUGUCUGGAACUACUGAGGGAUCCGGUGACUACUGGCUGUGGACACAGCUACUGUCUGAGCUGUAUUAACACCCACUGGGACAAAGAGGAUGCGAGAGGAAGCUACAGCUGUCCUCAGUGUAGACAGACCUUCACACCGAGGCCUGCCCUGGUGAAAAACAUCAUGUUAGCUGAUUUAGUGGAGGAGCUGAAGAAGACUGGACUCCAAGCUGCUCCUGCUGAUCACUGCUAUGCUGGAUCUGUAGAUGUGGCCUGUGAUGUCUGCACUGGGAGAAAACUGAAAUCUCUCAAGUCCUGUUUGGUUUGUUUGGUCUCUUAUUGUGAAAAACACCUCCAGCCUCAUUUUCAGUCACCUCCAUUUAAGAAGCACAAGCUGGUGGAGCCUUCGGAGAAGCUCCAGGAGAGCAUCUGCUCUUGUCACAAUGAGGUGAUGAAGAUGUUCUGCCGCACUGAUCAGCAGUGUAUCUGUUAUCUCUGCUCUGUGGAGGAACAUAAAGACCACGACACAGUUACAGCUGCAGCAGAAAGGACUGAGAGGCAGAGAGAGCUCGGGCUGAGGAGACAAACAAUCCAGCAGAGAGUCCAGGACAGAGAGAAAGAUGUGAAGCUGCUUCAACAGGAGGAGAAGGCCCUCAAUGGCUCUGCUGAUAAGGCAGUGAAGGACAGUGAGAAGAUCUUCACUGAUCUGAUUCGUCAGAUGAAGAAAAGAAACUAUGAUGUGAAGCAGCAGAUCAGAUCCCAGCAGCAAACUGAAGUGAGACGAGUCAGAGAGCUUCAGGAGAGACUGGAGCAGGAGAUCACUGAGCUGAAGAGGAAAGACCAUGAACUGAAGCAGCUCUCAGACACAGAGGAUCACAACCAGUUUCUACACAACUACCCCUCACUGUCACCAGUAGCUACACACUCCAGGAUCAGGAUCCGUCCUCUGAGGUACUUUGAGGACAUGACAGCAGCUGUGUCACAGGUCAGAGGUCGACUACAGGACAUUCUGAGUGAGACAGAGACAAAGAUUUUACAGAUCGUGUCUCAAGUGGAUGUUUUACUGCCACAACCAGAACCAAAGACCAGAGCGGAUUUCUUAAAAUAUCCACAGGAAAUCAAACUGGUUCCAAACACAGCACAUAAACAGCUGUUAUUAUCUGAGGGAAACAGAAAAGUAACAUGUAUAAGCAAAGAACAGUCUUAUUCUUAUCACCGAGACAGAUUCACUGGUUGUUGUCAGGUCCUGAGUAGACAGAGUCUGACUGGACGUUGUUACUGGGAGGUGGAGAUGGUAGGACAUGGAGUUGGUGUAGCAGUCACAUACAAGAAUAUCAGCAGAGCAGGAAACUCACUUGAAUGUGGAUUUGGAUUCAAUGAUAAAUCUUGGAUGUUGUUUUGUCAUGUAAAGAGUUAUCACUUUAAUUACAACAACAUCAGGACUCCAGUGUCAGGUCCUGUGUCCUCCAGAGUAGGAGUGUACCUGGAUCACAGUGCAGGUGUUCUGUCCUUCUACAGAGUCUCUGACACCAUGACUCUCCUCCACAGAGUCCAGACCACAUUCACUCAGCCUCUCUAUGCUGGAGUUUGGGUUUGUUAUCAUGGAGCCACAGCAGUGUUCUGUAAACUCAAAUAGACUCGAGUCAUUAAAAGCAGUGAUUUAGAUUCUGUGUGUAAAUCUUUAACUUCUUUUGUCUCCAUGUUUGUUGAUCAAAGUUCGUCGUGGUGACGUUUCUGCUCCGCACAGAGAUCAGCUGUCAAUCAAACACUGACCUUCCUUUAUCACAUAUAUUUAGUUCUCACUUUGUAAAGACAGAAAUCUAUAAUGACACUGACAUUAUUGUGUUUGAAAGAACAGGCCCAUGAAAUAAAAACCCAAAUAUCGUAUCAAAAGUUUUGUCUGAAACCCAGUAACCACAAGACUCACCUCUUCUCCACAGCUAGACUCGUAACCAACAACCUGAGUCUCUUGUGCUAUGUAAGGUUUGUUUAUAGGAUUUCUGUUGUCCAGGUGUAAAAAAAAAAUAAAUAAAUACAUGAAGAUAAAUUACAAAUGUGAGUGUAGCUGCACUUUCAUUGGAAUCAGUCUCAUCCACUAUCUGUUUGACGUGACUUCUCCUCACCUGUGAUACUUUCUCAUCUUAUGUGUCCUCAAGAAAUGACACAAAUCAAUAUUUUUCAAAUUGCAUCGCCCUCGUCCAUCUGGAAAAAAUUUUCUUCUGAUAUGAUAUUGUAUUCCAGGAGCACCGCGGGGAAUGUUAACAUCACUGCACCUAUUUCUCCUUGACAUAAAAAAAUACUAUCAUACCUCCAGGCUGCACAGACAUGGGCCAGGUUAGUAAAUCUCUCCAAGCUGACAGUUUGAACUGUCACUUUGUUUAUUCUUGGACGAUGCAAACACCUGGUUACAGACAUCUGGAUGAACGAUGGGAUUCUAAAGUAACGUGAUACAAAUAUUGAAUCUUAAAAUAUCAGCUUCUAAUGGAAUUUGGUGUUACAGAGGGAGAAUCAAACCCUUUUCAUUGCCACUUCUCACCCUGAGCAUGUCUUCUUGCUCUGUGUAUCUUGAUUGUGAAACUGAUGAGAGUCAUAGCAUCAGUUGUCAGAGUUUGGCCAAGCCGACUUGAGAGUGAUGCUCAACCGUAGAUCAGUUAAAAAUUCUUAGAAGUCAUUAGAGACCUGUGUUUAUCUCCAGUAAUCAGCAGGAAACCAUUAAAGCAUGAAGGACAUUUUGAAGUCCUUCAUGCUGUAAAAAAGUAAAUGGUACUUACUUAUAGCAAUUUGUAGUUUUGCUUUAUUUUUAAAGAAAUUGUAUUUUCUUGAUUCUUGUUGUUCUGGGUUUGUACCCUCGAGGUUUAAUGCACUUGUUGUGAGUCGCUUUGGAUAAAGCGUCAGCUAAAUGAAAUGAAAUGUAAUGUAAUGUGAUGCAAUGUAAUGUAAUGAAGUGGCAGCUCCCCUGGUUGAGGAAGCCCGGGAUCGUUCAGUUGUGUUCAGAAUGUUGACGGCUUUUGUUUUUUCUACAUAUAAAAACACUUAAUUGGUCGGACACAGAUCCCAACAGAAUUAAUCACAGCAUGUAAAUGUAGAGGGCGCUGUUGCUCAAUAAAAUUUGCAUUGUGUUGCAUUAACCUGGGAAUAAUAAAUCUGUAAA